AUGCCAGUACAGUUUGCGAUGCCCCUCCUCGGCGCCCGCGACAAUCCUGCCGCUGCUGCCCCUGGUCUGCUCUGUGCCAGACGACGCGUGCUGUCUCUCCCCUCUCAACUCGUACCAGCGAAGCCUAGUCUUCAUCCAGAAGUAGCGAUGGCCGCUGCGCUCUCCAGGCCGCGGUGCGGCUUCUUGGUAUGGUGCUGCUGCUGGAUGAGGGUCGCGCGACACACGCAGCAGCGGGAGGGGCAGGGAUACCGCCGCGUUGGUGGAGCUGUCCGGGACCGGGGCCGACAGGGGGGGGGGGGGGGGGGGGGGGAGGGGGAAAAAAAAAAGGGGGGGGGGGGGGCGGCCAACGCCGCCCCUCGGAAGCGCUUCAACGGGCUGCUUGCGGAUCGUUUCCAGCACCCUUUCGAUCUGGAGGCGACGGGAAUGCUCCGCCGGUUCCCCGGUCUGGAGAUGGCCAUCCGCGGAGCCGUCCCGGCCAUCGAAGACGCCGUCUUUAUGGACAACAUCGCCAACUCCAUCCUCGUGGGCCCGCGGCAGAUGGCCUCGCUGCAUGGCCUGCUUCUGGAGGCGUGUCGCAUCUUGGACAUGCAGCCCCCGGACUUGUACAUCCGUCAGAACCCCACCCCGAACGCGUACACCCUUGCCAUCCGAGGGAAGAAGCCGUUCAUCGUGCUGCAUACCUCCUUGCUGGACCUCAUGGAGCCCGAGGAAGUGCAAGCGGUGAUCGCGCACGAGCUAGGCCACCUUAAGUGCGAACAUGGCAUCUGGGUCACCCUCGCCACGGUGGUCGCGAACGGCCUUUACGGGAGGGGUUUCCUGGGGGCCUUCGUGGCGGACCGACUGGGGCUGCGGAGGAGGCUCAUGCGGUGGUCCAGGGCGGCGGAGUUCACGUGCGACCGCGCGGCGAUGCUUGUCGCCCAGGACGUGAACGUGGUCGUGUCGACGCUGCUCAAGUUGGCGGGGGGCAGCGUUAGCCAGGCAUCCGAGUUGAGCGUCCCGGAGUUUUUGAAACAGGCGUCGGCGUACGAUCUCGCCAGCCAGACGCGUAUAGGGAAGCUUCUCAAGAGAGAGCAGUCUCUGGAAUUGACGCACCCCUUGCCGGUGGUGCGGGCCCGUGAGUUGGUUAAGUUUUCGGAGAGCCCGCAGUACCUGGGGCUUGUCAGGCGCGGGUUGCCGCUGUAG